ACCGCUGGUCGCAAAAUGAGGGCCCACAAAAAACACGCCUCCCUGCAAUUCUGGCCCAAGCGCCAAAACCAGAGACGGGAGAAGCAGAUCAGAGGAGCGAUGGGUGAGAGGGUGACUGGAAAGGUGAAGUGGUUCAGUGACCAGAAAGGUUUUGGCUUCAUAACUCCUGACGAUGGCGGUGAAGACCUCUUUGUCCACCAAUCUGCGAUCCGGUCUGAGGGGUUUCGCAGUCUCGCCGAUGGAGAGUCUGUCGAGUUUCUGAUCGAGUCCGACUCCGGUGGCCGUACCAAGGCUGUUGAUGUCACCGGCCCCGCUGAGUCCGAUGUUCAGGGGAGCCGACGCGGUGGGGGCGGUGCUGGGGGGAACAGAUCCUACGGUGGCGGCAGAGGUGGUGGCUAUGGCGGUGGGUAUGGCGGCGGUGGCGGCGGUUACGGUACUAGUCGUGGUGGAAGAGGCGGAGGAGGUGGUGGGUACGGUGGUGGAUAUGGCGGCGGCGGCGGCGGGGGUUGUUAUAACUGUGGCGAGGUUGGACACCUGGCUAGGGAUUGCUACCAGGGAGGCGGCGGCAGCGGCGGUGGAGGCAGGUAUGGCGGAAGCGGCGGCGGCGGCGGAGGAGGCUGUUACACCUGCGGGGAGUCGGGGCAUUUUGCAAGGGACUGCCCAACCGGUGCUCGCUGAGCCUGUUGUAUGCACUCUAAUGUCUCAACCCGAUCUUUUUGUGGUGCCGUGAUGGGUGGAAUUUGCUUAUUGUUAUGCGAUUCGCUUUUUUCUAUAAUUUUAAACUUAUGUUUUGAGAAUGGUAGGGUUCUUUGGGUUGAAUCUCUUUAGGCGUGGCUUUACUUUGAAGUUGAUAGGAUAAGCAGUUAGACUUGGGAUUUUGUGUUUCUGGCAUAGUGAAAUGGAGGGACGAUGGUAAAAGGUCAGAUGUCGUUUGAUGUAUACUCUCUGUUUCUAAGUGUUAAUACACAUAAUGAACAAAAUCUACCCUGGCUUAUUCGUGUUUUCUUUUAAA